AUGCAUGGCAAAGCGGUGAUAAACUUCUCUUCAAAACCGUAGCCUUAUUUAACUCUAAUUUCCCCUCAUCUCCAUCACCACAAAGAAAACCCUAGCUCUUCUCUUCCUCACAGCAAAAAAAAAAAAAAUGCCGCCAAAGUUCGAUCCAUCUCAGGUUGUGGAAGUAUAUGUCCGAGUGACAGGUGGCGAAGUAGGAGCAGCAUCAUCACUGGCUCCUAAAAUAGGACCAUUAGGUCUUUCCCCUCGGAAAAUAGGUGAAGACAUUGCUAAAGAAACCUCUAAAGACUGGAAAGGCUUACGUGUCACCGUUAAACUAACUGUCCAAAACCGUCAAGCUAAAGUAUCAGUUGUACCUUCAGCAGCAGCACUUGUAAUCAAGGCAUUGAAAGAACCAGAAAGGGAUAGGAAGAAAACAAAGAAUAUAAAACAUAAUGGGAAUAUAUCACUUGAUGAUGUUAUUGAGAUUGCUAAGGUUAUGGCUGUUCGAUCUAUGGCUAAGGAAUUGACUGGAACUGUUAAGGAAAUAUUGGGUACGUGUGUCAGUGUUGGUUGUACUGUUGAUGGUAAAGAUCCUAAGGAUUUGCAACAGGAGAUCUCUGAUGGUGACGUGGAAAUUCCUGAGAAUUAAUUGAAGAGAAUAAGAGGAGGUUAAUUUCAUAAUUUUUCGCGAUAUAGUAGUCUGAUAAUUUGGAUUUUAUGUUGUUUUGUUUUUUGAGAGGAAUGUUAUAUGAGGAUAAUUUGGAUAUCAUAUUAUUUGGAUGCUCAUCUAUAUCUAAAUUUAGCUUGGAUUUUG